CGCUCCGCAAGACCAGUCAGCAGCUCAAAGCAAUAGUGAACAUGGCAUGCAGCUCGAUUAUUUUUGCUGUAAAUAUCUGCAGCUAGAUUUUAGCUGAUUUUUAUGCAUCAAGGCACCAUGGAUUGGGACUAUUUUUUAGAUAUCAAUUUUUCGGAGCUCAAUAAUGACAGCAAAGAAGAACUUUGUGCGCAAAUCUCCGACUGUAGAAUUGAAGAGGGCGCGUCUGAGGAAGAAAUCAGAAAGGUUUUUGGCUUGGCACAAAAACUUCUUCGGUUUAGAGGAGUCCAGAUUGAAGAGAUUAAGAACGAACAUUCAACAACGGUUGAGAAGUUAAGACAAGAAAAUGAAGAACUGGAAAGCCAGGCUAGCUCAAGCAAGAACUCUCGAAAGGCUAGUGAAGCUAGACACGAAGCAACCCGUUUAUUGAAGCAGAAUAAAGAGCUCUUGGCAGAGCUGGAAGUUUUGAGAAAAAAGCACAAAGGAAAAGAUCCGAUGCUUGAUAGCGAAGAGGAUGACUACAGGGCUGAGAAGGAAAAACAGAAAAUGAGGAAAACGGUGGAGCUGCAGACGGAACAUAUUGGAAGUCUUUUAUCUGAUUUGGAGGGCGCAGAGGCAGAAAAUGCAAACUUAAAACAGCAUAUGUCGAAUUUGCGUGACAAGUUGGCAGAGGCGACUGACGCUUUGGCAGAAACAACUUCGGAUCUCACCGACAGUCAAAAAGUUAAUGCUGAGCUAAAAAGCCGCAUAAGUGAAUCAAGAGACGAGGUCGAAAGUCUGCGGCGACAAAUUUCAGAGCUUGUUGAUCAGAGAAGCCAACUGGACGCGCAACUCCUACAGUUCCAACAGGCGAUGGAAAGUCGAGUUGAAACAUGGAAGAAUUUCAUGGAUAAAAAAGACAGCGAAAUAUCGGAUUUAAAACAGCAACUCCUAUUUUCCCGCCCAGAGCAGUAUACUCAUCUGCAAGAAGUUGUUUCGGCAGUGACGCAGUCUCUGGCGGUGAGAGAUCAACAAGUUAACGAACUGAGCUCUCGUUUAGAGGAGGCGACAAAAGAUUUGGAAGAGAGUUCGGAAGCCUUGGAGAAGUUACGCAGCAAUAAGGGUGAUGGAGAGUCGAGAAAGUUAUGGCAACAAUUGCAAAGAGCGGUUAAAAGAGAAAGAUCGCUCGAAACAAGAAUAGAAGAGGCUGAGAAAGACGCGUUAUUGCGUGGAGAACAGGUGACUGUCUUGUCAACGCAAUUACAAAAAUUAGAGCAAGGGGAGUUCGGACUCCCUGAAGCUCUUGCUGAGGCAAGAGAGCUGAAGCGGAACCUUGCAAUCAGGGAUGCAGACAUUGCUCGGCUUAUAAAAGCUACAAACCAAAUGCAGGCCAGCCUAGAUGAGCUUGCAGACCAGAAUCUAGCAUUAAGGGAAAGAUUUGGAGUUACAGAGGAGGAAAUUGACGUCAGUGGUGUCCGCGAACGACGGGCAAGUGAACGACAGCGGAUCGAAUCAUUGUUGAAGCAAGUCGCAAAUUUAGAGCAGGAAAAAGUUUCCCUAAAACUACAGGCAUGAAAUUUUAUCAGCUUGAUAACGAUUUAAUUUUAACCUUUACAUGGAAA